AGAGAGGUUAGGUGAAGCCUGAAGUAAUGUGGGGGGAAGUGGCCGGAACGUCUUCAUACCCAAACCACUUAGACUAAUCGCCGGAUCACUCCAGAAAAGUCUCUCAUAUUCGCAGGGAGGAUAAGUAUGAAUUGGCGGCCUGUGAACUUUCUAUCUCAAUGUUAGCAAUUAAUUGUUUGCAAGGCGCAAACCGAUAGAAAACGAAGGAUCUUGUUCUUCAUUCAGAAUUGAAUUCUUCCUUUCCAGCAUUCCAAGCUUUCAUGUCAAAUACAAACAUGGCUUCUUCACAUUCAACUGAAAACUGCCUUGGAUGGGCUGCCAGAGACCCAUCCGGAGUUCUUUCUCCUUACAAUUUCAGCCGCAGGGUUACCGGGAGUGAUGAUUUUUUGCUAGAUAUUUCCUAUUGUGGCGUUUGCUAUGCUGAUGUGGCGUGGACAAGGAGUCUUCAUGGGCCUUCCAAGUAUCCUUUAGUGCCUGGACAUGAGAUUGUAGGAAUUGUGAAAGAGGUUGGCUCCAACAUCCAGUGCUUUAAAGUGGGUGAUGCUGUGGGAGUUGGAACUUAUGUCAACUCAUGCAGGGAGUGUGAGUACUGUGAGGAAGGGUUAGAAAAUGAGUGUUCAAAGGGAUCUGUCUAUACUUUUGAUGGAAUAGAUUUUGAUGGCACAGUUACUAAGGGAGGAUACUCAAGUUACAUUGUUGUUCAUGAAAGGUACUGCUACAAAAUUCCCGAAAGCUACCCUCUUG